AUGCCGUGCCGACCAGCAAUAGCCUCCAUGUCCCUGGGCCGCGCCUGGGUUCAUCAUCUGCCUGAAAAGUUGAAGCAGGCAUCCGAAGCCGGGUUUGAGGGGAUCGAGAUAUUUUACGAAGAUCUAGAAUAUUUUGCUAGUAAUUACGGUGACAACAAAAAAGAAAGCAGUCUGCUGGCAGCUGCGCAAGCCAUCCGUGAUAUUUGCGACGACAACAAAUUGACCAUCAUCGGCUUGCAGCCUUUUUUGUUCUAUGAAGGCCUGGUCGAUACAAAGGAACACGCAUCACGAAUUACGAAGCUGAAACUAUGGUUCAAACUCGUGAAAAUAUUCGGAACGGACACUAUUCAAAUACCAUCGAAUUUUCUGCAGGAGGGUAUUACUGGUGACCUGGAUGUGAUCGUGCAAGAUAUGCGAGAGGUGGCUGAUUUGGGCCUCCAAGAGUCUCCAGUCGUUCAAUUUGCAUACGAGAAUCUAGCGUGGGGAACUUAUAUCGAUACCUGGGAGAAGAUGUGGGAGGUUAUUGAACGUGUCGACCGACCCAACUUUGGAUGUUGUCUCGACACUUUCAACAUUGCAGGCCGAGUCUGGGCUGAUCCUGCAAGCCCAGACGGCAAGACACCUAAUGCUGAGGAAGAUUUGAGACUAUCGAUGGAAAAACUACGCAGAACCAUCGAUAUACGCAAAGUCUUCUACGUACAGGUUGUAGACGCUGAACAGAUGACAGAACCGCUGAUCAAAGGACACCCGUAUUAUGCAGAGGAUCAGCCUGCAAGAAUGUCGUGGAGCCGAAAUGCUCGACUUUUUGUCUAUGAAACUGACCAGGGAGGUUAUCUUCCAGUUGUCGAAAUCGCAAAGGUAAUACUCAAGGACUUGAAAUUCGAUGGUUGGGUUUCAAUGGAAUUGUUUUCGCGUACCCUUGCGUACACCGAAUCUACAAUACCUCAUAGCCAUGCUCAAAGAGGCAUUGCAGCAUGGAAGAAACUCAAAUCAGAACUGGUACUUUAA